AGCGGCUCCGCUCCGGGGCGCGCUGGGGCCCAGCCGAGUUUUCCGCCCGCCGGGCUCCUCCUCCCGCCCCGCCCUGGGUGUUGCGGAGCCCAAGUGCCUGAAGUGCCCCGAGUGCCCAGAAAGCCGGAGUGGGACAGAGCUCCAGGCCGACCAAGGCGCCGCGGCCGGACGCCCGCGGAGAGAGACGCCGCUGCCUGCGACCCCCUUUGUCCCUCGAGGCCCCCACCCCUGUGGUCAGUGGCCAGAUCGAACCAUGAGCUACCCAGGUUAUCCCCCGCCCGGAGGCGGCUACCCGCCGGCUGCACCAGGUGGCGGUGCCUGGGGAGGUGCUGGCUACCCCCCGCCCAACAUGCCCCCCAUCGGGCUGGAUAACAUGGCCAACUACGCAGGGCAGUUCAACCAGGACUACCUCUCGGGAAUGGCAUCCAACAUGUCCGGGACAUUUGGAGGAGCCAACGUGCCAAAUCUGUACCCUGGGGCCCCCGGGGGUGGUUACCCUCCCAUCCCCCCUGGGGGUUUCGGGCAGCCCCCAUCUGCCCAGCAGCCUGUUCCUCCAUAUGGAAUGUAUCCGCCCCCUGGAGGAAACGCACCCUCCGGGAUGCCUUCAUAUCCGCCCUACCCAGGGGCCCCUGUGCCAGGCCAGCCCAUGCCGCCCCCUGGACAGCAGCCCCCAGGGCCCUACCCUGGACAACCGCCAAUGACCUACCCCGGGCAGCCGCCGAUGCCGCCUCCUGGGCAGCAGCAGCAGCCAGUGCCAAGCUACCCAGGGUACCUGGGGUCUGGGACUGUCACCCCUGCCGUGCCUCCAACCCAGUUUGGAAACCGAGGCACCGUCACAGAUGCUCCCGGCUUUGACCCCUUGCGAGAUGCUGAGGUUCUGCGGAAGGCUAUGAAAGGCUUCGGGACUGACGAGCAGGCCAUCAUCGACUGCCUGGGGAGUCGCUCCAACAAGCAGCGGCAGCAGAUCCUCCUGUCCUUCAAGACCGCUUACGGGAAGGAUUUGAUCAAAGAUCUGAAAUCUGAACUGUCAGGAAACUUCGAGAGGACAAUCUUGGCUCUAAUGAAGACCCCGGUCCUCUUUGACGUUUAUGAGAUCAAGGAUGCCAUCAAGGGGGCUGGCACCGACGAAGCCUGUCUGAUCGAGAUCUUUGCUUCCCGCAACAACGAGCACAUCCGGGAAUUAAGCAGAGCCUACAAAACAGAAUUCAAAAAGACCCUGGAGGAGGCCAUCCGAAGCGACACGUCAGGGCACUUCCAGCGGCUCCUCAUCUCUCUGUCUCAGGGAAACCGGGAUGAAAGCACCAGUGUGGACAUGUCGCUCGUCCAGAGAGACGCCCAGGAGCUGUAUGCAGCUGGGGAGAACCGCCUGGGGACAGAUGAAUCCAAGUUCAACGCAAUUCUGUGCUCCCGGAGCCGGGCCCACCUGGUGGCAGUUUUCAACGAGUAUCAGCGGAUGACGGGUCGAGACAUCGAGAAGAGCAUCUGCCGGGAGAUGUCCGGGGACCUGGAGCAGGGCAUGCUGGCCGUGGUGAAAUGUCUCAAGAAUACCCCAGCCUUCUUUGCUGAAAGGCUCAACAAGGCCAUGAGGGGAGCGGGGACGAAGGACCGGACCCUGAUUCGCAUCAUGGUGUCUCGCAGUGAGAUCGACCUCCUGGACAUCAGAAUGGAGUAUAAGCGGCUGUACGGCAAGUCGCUGUACCACGACAUUGCGGGAGACACUUCAGGGGAUUACCAGAAGAUUCUGCUGAAGAUCUGUGGCGGCAACGACUGAGCUGUGACUGGUGGCUCCCUUCUGUCCGCCUGCGGGCAACAGCGAUGCCAGGAAAAGGUCAAGAGAAUGUCCAUCUGUUUCUAACAAAUCCACAGAGUAGCCCCCCAGGUGCCCCAGUGCCACCCGUCCGUCCGUAGAGCCUUGGCCCAUCCUCCGCCACCUCUCCUGCUCCGUAUAUCAUGCUCGAGCUGAAGGACCUGGGUCCCUCCCUCCCUCAGGGUGCCUUCCCCUCCCCAGCCCUCACAGCCGCUUGCUGCUGAAGUACGUGUUUUAUUUCUCGACUCAUGCAGUCAUCCCCUUUUGCUUGUGGCUGAGACUCUUGGCUUCAUAUUAGUCCUGUAAUUUUUCAUUUUUAUUUGGAGGCAUCUUUUUUUAUAAUAGUCCCUGCCAGACAGAUGCAUACAGGUCUGUGCUGCGUGCACGUUUCGGGUCAGAGAGGCUGGCUGGGGAGCACCGUGUCCUCGGUAAGGAGUAAAAGGGAAGACCUUUGGCAGUAAUCUUUGCAUCUGGUGAGAAUGUGUCAUCAGCUUUGUCAUUGCCAAACCCACUCCUUAGAGUUUUCUUAGAAAAGGAAAAAAAAAAAAAAAAAAAAGAAGAAGAAGAAGAAAAAGGCCAGAAACUCAUCUGUUCCUUCUUCUGUGCGAAGCCAUGAGGACACGGCCAGCUCCCUGCCAGUGACAGGGCUUCAUGUAAAUUACGUGAAUGUGCCUUAAACCUGGAUGUCAAUAGCCAAAAACUUUCUAAAUUAAAGUCAGCCAGCUCUGGAACAUUUUGGAAAUGUU